AUGCCUGUGCCGGGCAGUGACGAGAAUGUUUGUGUCAGGGAGGGCAGCGAUUUUGCUUCCUUGAUUCUGCUGGCGAGGCAGGCGCACCAUUCGGAGGUCAGGUGCCUCGAGGACGAGGUGCAGAGCUUACGCAAGAGGCUGACGGCUAUAUGUGGAGAUAGGCAGAGCCCUUGUGUCGACAUGCACGCCAAGCGAGCAGACUCGCCCGUUGAUCCAGAGCCGACUCAGAUGGGCACCGAGGAGCGCUUCCCCGAUCGGAAAACCUCCGCUGAUGCACAGUCUGCAGAGGAUGAGAAUUCGGCCGGCAUGUUCCCGUAUGAUCCGCGCUUUCCCAAUCCAUUAAACAGCCAAGAAAGAGACAGGACGGCAUCACCGGAGGAAGGCAACACGAGGACAAUCGAACAUGGCAGGAUGUCAACAUUGGUCCCCACGCUCUCCAGGAGAGAGAAGAGAGUUUCAACGUGGAAGGAUCUCAGCAAGAUUCUCCAGCAGAGUGCCCGAUACAAGAGGUCACACUUGGAUUCCUUAGCGACACAAGGUGUCUUGGGAAGGCUGGUGCAUGAUCCAAUGUUUGAGGUCUUUAUUACGAGUGCAAUCUUACUGAAUGGAGCAGUCAUGGCUGCCGAGGCGCAGUACCAAGGGUUUGAUUUGGCCGUGUGGACCAAUCAUGAGAGUGCAUCUCGUGUCUCCGCUGAUGUGUGGCCGCACGGUGAAACAAUAUUCGAGGCUUGUGAAUGGAUAUUCGGCCUAAUUUUCCUGUUCGAGAUUAUGCUGAAACUUGUAGCUACCCGUAUUAAGUUUUUCCGAGGUUGCUUGAAUUGUAUAGAUCUUGCAGUCGUCACAUUCUGGGUGUAUGGUCGUGUAAGCUACGGUGGGAGCGUGAAUGCGCAGAUGCUCCGUAUCGCUCGAAUGGCACGUUUGCUUAGAAUUGUACGAUAUUUGAACAACGCUGCGUUUGAUUCGCUCUACAUUAUGGUUACCUCUCUCAGGGGAAGUAUGAUGAUUCUGGCAUGGUCGUUCCUGUUGUUGCUGAUGUUCCACGUGGUAUUAGCACUGGUUGUCAACCAGGCCCUGCGUCUGUGGUAUUUUCAAGAGAGCCAGGCUGAGGAACAAACCGAGGUGUUCGUAUAUUUCGGUAGUUUCUCCCGAUCACUUCUCACGAUGUUCGAGCUCACCCUCGCAAAUUGGAUAGUCCCAGCGAGGGUGCUGAUGGAGAAGGUGAACGAGUGGCUUCUUAUCUCAUAG